UCUUAGCUGAAAAGGGAUUAAACUAAGGUGACAUGUGUAUCGGAUGACUAACACAAUUGUAUAACUUUUAUGGUUAAUGCAUGCCUGCAUUUUAACUAAUAACAUCGUGGUUCUGUUACAAGACGUUAGUUGGUUUACCUGCAUUUCAGUGGAGAAAGUAAAAACACUUAGAUUCGAGGCAAGUAGACUUUUUAGAUUUUGGGGGUACUAAAUGUCACAUACCAGAGCAAUCGUUGAGUAAACACAGGAAUAAGUCACUAAGCUGGAAGGAGUGUUCCUUACCAGCUGCACGGGGUGAGUGAGUUUCCUUUUCAAAUAGAUGUGGUUGAGACGUGUGUUUGUCGGCCGUUGUUCUGGAUUUGCAUCAAUUCAACAUUGGAACACAUUGCUUUUUUUCUUUACGUAAAGUACAUUUCUGUGAAUAACAGGCAAAGUAUAAAUAUAACCUGUGUUCAUUUCAUUGUAUUUUAUGCUGCCCUAACACUUAUUUCUAUCUCAUUCUAGAAUCCACUUCCGAGCACACCAGUGUUCAGUUCCCAGAUUCACAAUGUCACUUUUCAUCCAUAUAUUGGCCUGCCUGUUUGGCAUGGGCUCCUGGGUGUCUAUCAACGGACUAUGGGUAGAGCUGCCUCUCAUCGUGCCCCAGAUCCCCGAGGGUUGGUACCUGCCAUCCUACCUAUCCGUCCUCAUCCAGAUGGCCAACGUGGGGCCCCUGUUCAUCACCCUCAUGCACCGCUUCCGCCCCGGGGUGCUCAACGAGACAGUGGUCAUCUAUGUGAUCAUCUCCCUGGGCAUGGUGGCCAGCUUUCUCCUGGCCUUCUUCUGGAAGGAGACGCUGGUGGUGGCGGGCGUCCCUCGCAGCGUGGCCCUCCUCCUCCUUACCUUCUUCCUCUCCACUGUGGACUGCACCUCCUCUGUCACCUUCCUGCCCUUUAUGAUGCGUCUGAAGCCCCAGUACCUCACCACCUACUUUGUGGGGGAGGGUGUCAGUGGCCUGCUACCCGCCCUGGUAGCCCUGAUCCAGGGGGUGGGGGUGGUCCACUGUAACAACUGCACUCGGAUGAUAAAUGACACUGGCUCAGUCAGUCUUAUCUACGAACUUCAGGCUCACUACCAGCCGGCCAACUUCUCAGCUGGGGUGUUCUUCUUCUUCCUCGGUGCCAUGAUGUUGGUGUGCCUGGGAGCCUUCAUCCUUCUGAACUACCACCCUGCCGUGGCCCGAGAACACCCAAAUGCCCGCUACCCUAACGGGGUGCUGGAGAAAGGCGAGGCAGCUCAGAUGAACCCGACAGAGCAGAAGGCCAUGAUCAAACAGUCUGGUAUCAAGCCCAAAAGCUGCUUUGGGACCGGGACGUACAGCCGGAUACAGGUGCUGUACAUGUUCUUCAUCCUGGCCUGGGUCAAUGGACUGACUAACGUUGUGCUUCCCUCAGUGCAGUCCUACGCUUGUCUGCCCUAUGGAAACAGUGCCUACCACUUAUCGGCCACCAUGGCUGCGGUGUCCAACCCUCUAGCCUGCUUUAUUGCCAUGUUUUUCCCAACCAGGUCCUUAUUGCUGUUGGGGGCUCUCACAUUGUUUGGCAGUGGGGUUGGAGCCUACAUUAUAGGCAUGGCAGUGCUGAGUCCAUGUCCUCUGCUGGUCAAUGAAACCUCAGGAACCUUCCUCAUUGUGGGCUCCUGGAUCUUCUUCAUCCUCACUUUGUCCUAUGUUAAGGUGAUCAUUGGAGUUAUCCUCCGUGAUGAGGGCCACAGUGCCCUCGUGUGGUGUGGAGCAAUGGUGCAGUUGGGGUCCUUCAUGGGUGCAGUCACCAUGUUUCCCUUGGUCAGUGUGUAUAGUUUAUUUUUAUCAGGAGACCCAUGUAAUACAAAGUGCCCUUAAAUUAUGCUAAACAACGAUGAUCCAGGCAUAUUCUGAGAAACAUAUUUGAUUAAUUAUUCCGAAGCAUGUGUACUUCAUUAGUAAAAUGCAAUUGAACAACUAACUAGUGAGGUGAACAGAAUUCAACCAACUUGUCAUAGUAAAGUAAGGUAUACCCUA